CGGGACCGGGCUCGGGAACAGAGGCAGAGCGCGGCUGCAGAGUGAGCAGCGAGCAGCGGGGAGACACAGCCCUCCGCCCCAGCCAGCCUCCGCGUGUGUUCCCUCUGUCGGGAGAGCGCCAAUGCCCGGGCCGACCCAAACCUUGUCCCCAAAUGGCGAGAACAACAACGACAUCAUCCAGGAUAACGGGACCAUCAUUCCUUUCCGGAAGCACACAGUGCGCGGGGAGCGGUCCUACAGUUGGGGAAUGGCGGUCAAUGUGUAUUCUACCUCGAUAACCCAGGAGACUAUGAGCAGGCAUGACAUCAUUGCAUGGGUUAAUGACAUCGUGUCUCUAAACUACACAAAAGUGGAACAGCUCUGUUCAGGAGCAGCCUACUGCCAGUUCAUGGACAUGCUCUUUCCUGGCUGCAUCAGUCUGAAGAAGGUGAAAUUCCAGGCAAAGUUGGAGCAUGAGUACAUUCACAACUUUAAACUUCUGCAAGCAUCCUUUAAGCGGAUGAAUGUCGAUAAGGUAAUUCCAGUGGAGAAGCUGGUGAAAGGGCGUUUCCAAGACAACCUGGAUUUUAUUCAGUGGUUUAAGAAAUUCUACGAUGCUAACUAUGAUGGGAAGGAGUAUGAUCCCGUCGAGGCACGACAAGGACAAGAUGCAAUUCCUCCCCCUGACCCUGGUGAACAGAUCUUCAACCUGCCCAAGAAGUCUCACCAUGCAAACUCCCCCACAGCAGGUGCGGCCAAAUCAAGCCCAGCAGCGAAACCGGGGUCCACACCCUCUCGUCCCUCGUCUGCCAAGAGGGCUUCGUCCAGUGGCUCCGCGUCCAGAUCCGACAAAGAUCUGGAAACGCAGGUCAUUCAGCUCAACGAGCAGGUACAUUCGUUGAAGCUUGCCCUGGAAGGUGUGGAGAAGGAGAGGGAUUUCUACUUCGGGAAGUUGAGAGAGAUCGAACUGCUGUGCCAAGAGCAUGGGCAGGAAAGUGAUGACCUCGUGCAGCGACUAAUGGAAGUGCUCUAUGCCUCAGACGAGCAGGAGGGCCAGACAGAAGAGCCAGAAGCAGAAGAGCAGGCCCACGACCAACAGCCCCAGCAGCAAGAAGAGUACUGAAGCGCCUCAGCAGCUCUCGACGCUGCCAUCGUGUGUGGGGACUUUUCUUCUGGAGAAUUGGAACGUGUGUGGCCCGGAGCGCGGUAGAAACCAGCUGUUCCCAACCUGCCGUUACCAUCCACAGCGAAAUCGCAUCCGCCAGCCAUUGAGCUCGGUUCCCGUUUCCUUUGCCAAGAUGCAUUAGCAGAUGGCCACUCUGGGCGCCUGCCUGCGAGGCCAUAGGGUCACACACCUUCAACUUCACCACUUGGCUGCUUGAAAUCGGUUCUACUCUUCCUCGUUUCUUUCCAGAACAACUCCUCCCCACCCCACCACCACCACCAUCACCACCACCGCCGCCACCGCCACCACCAACCCCCUUUAUCCUGGUGUGAAACAAUGGUCAUUUGGUAUAUGGUAUUUAUAUUGGCAUCUCUCAACCCGGUGUCACUAGAUGUCACACACAUUUGUGGUGCUUUGAUGUUUGCCGAGUCUAAUAACCUCCUGUCAUAAAUUUGGUCAGAAAAGUAAUUGGAACAAAGGGAAACAGAUACUUGAUAUGAAAGCCAUACGACAGUAGCUUGUGUCAUGGGGAAAAUGCAGUUUCUCCCUCUACUCACAACACUAAAGGGGAAAAAAAAUGGAUUCAAAACUAGGACUUCAGGGCCCAGCAGUGUUGACAGAGCAGCAUAGCAGACAGCCGCAGUUGUUAGUUUCAGACAUUCUCUCACGGACAACACCAUCUCGGCUUCCCCUCAGCUCCGUGUGCCCCGCCCUCCCCCCACUUCCCAGGCUCUCGUGUUAUUUUCUUUUCUCAGGGUCCUCUUUGGUGGGGGUCCAUUCCCCACAGGAUGUUGUCAUUGGCAAUCUGCAGCUGCAGAGGCUGGGAGGGUCUCAGAAGGCACGGGGCUUCCCGCCUCAGCCCUCUCCCUCCUCAUAAGGGCUUCCGCCCAAGCCCUGCAAUCCACACUAGGGGAUCUACGUUAAAGGGUAACUUGAAGGUGCACCCCACAUGCAGCCUGCUGCAUCAGGCCGGCCAGGCUGCAAGGUUGGAAGCGGAGGCUUGAUUGGCAGCAUGACUUCAAGGGAGAAGUGUAGCUCUACACAGAAACACCAGUGACUCCCAUGACCCCCUGGAGUAAGGACUCUCUCCACCUCUGCAACACAGGGGCCCUCCUUGUCACUGACAUUUGCUAAACCAUGGCAAUUCAUACUUAGCAAACAUUAAUGAAUUGAAAGCAUUCCUUGUUUUUAACUAAUAUUUGCACAUUUUCCUAGUGUCUUUCCUGGCCGUUUCCUGUCUUCCCCCUUUGACAGAUGGUGCCCCUCCUAGCUCCCUUCUUUCAUUUGGUUUUCCUAACUUUAGGUUUACUGUCACCGGCCGUUUGGCCAGCAAGUGCAGAAAAACAAAUGUGCCCCCCCACCCCCGUCCUUUCACUUAAAAAAAAUCUCAAAAUAAAUUUCUGAAUUAUGUAUCAUAAAGCUUUGACAUUUCUUUAUUGAUUGAUGAGAUCCUAACUUUAAAUUCUAGCACUGAAGCCUUGCACCAAGAGAAGGCUUUCCGAAAUAACCCUUUACAGCAGCUGUAUGCACGGAGGUCUUUAUGGGAAGACGGCUUGCUUUCUUGAGAUGAUCCCAUCACGCUGUGCAUAAGUGGACAGAUGUCCCGUGGUGUUUGACCCCCCUUUCCUCUCUCUCCUGCUCACGCAGCCCUGCAGCAGUAGCUCACUCUCCGAGGCUGGAAAGCCUUGCUCCUUGCAGUGACAUCCUCCCUCGCCUGCCUGUGGAAGUGGCUGUGCUAUACACAGCAUCAGGCUCGCUGGUCUGUUGCUCUGCUCAGCCUGUUUCAUUCACUCACUCUGUUUUUGUUUGUUUGUCUUUUAUAUAGCCAUUAUAAGGAGGUACAAUAAACAGCUUCUCAUGGAUACCUGACAGUUGCUUUACCUGCCCAGGAGAUAUCAGUAAUACCUAGGGCUGGGUGAUUCACGGCCACACUUCUGUGCAUGGGUACCAGGGAGUCAGGAUCUUGUCUUCUCCCGGGCCUCCUGAGGCUGUUAAACUUGUAUAAAGCUCCCCCAAGGCCUCUCGCUAGAAGCACUCUGUUGCUCUCCACCUCCCUGGACAGCUUAGCCUGAAAAGUGUUCCCCAGCUGGUACUCGUCACUGGUCCAUUUAGAGAAAAGCUGUACCUCCUCUUCCUGUGCCCAUCUUAAGUAUCUUCUGAAGUGUCGUGUCCCAGAUGAUCCUUCUCAGCUGUUUCCAAGUUGCUCCUAGGCUGGAACCCCGCCUCUGGGCACCCACCGCUGAUGGAUGGUGGGACACAUUUGUCCUCUUGGCAUCUAGGGCACACAUUCUUCUAAGCCCCACCCCAGUCACAUGACAUCAUACUGAGUUCAGAAGUAUCCCAGCAUGGUGCCCUGCUCCUCCCUCUCAGGAAGUUGAUUUUUCUUUUUUUCAUUUUUUGAUCCCACACACACUGAUGUCUGCUUAUAGCACUCCCAUCGCCACUGUUAGAUUGGAAGUGAUCGAAGCAGGGGACAAAGAGAGAGAGCUCGUGUUCAUUCUAAGUAGGAAAGCAGGACUGUCGAACUGAGAGAAGGAAACUCCAGAAGGGAACCACGAUUCCCUCCCUGCCCUGGUGAGUGUCUCCAUUAUUCCGUUAAGGUUUAAUAUGCAUUCAGAUUACUUUUACUAAAUAGUACACCAUAAAGCUUUUGUUAUAUAUUAAUGUAAACUGAAAGGAAUGUAAACAUAUGUAUUGUUAAUUAUAAAUAUCGAUAAGUAAUGACAUAAUAGAUGAAGAGGUCUUAUUCAAAUGCAUCACAUUCAUUUUACAUUACCCACCUAUUGUCGCAUGGUAGGAUAGCUUUUUGUCUCUGAAUAUGUGAAUAACUUGACUUGCAUUGAUCUUUUUACAUAUUUAAUAAAAAAAAUAUAUGUUAAAACCUG